GAUUUUCAUUCUAUCAGAUGGUCCCCAAGGAAGACCUCCAGUAUCAGGGGAUUCUCUACUUCCUUCUGUAUUUCAGAUGGACAUGGAUUGGGACCCUUACCUUCAACGAUGAAUAUGGAGAUAGAUUUAUACAAACUGUGGUUCCACUUUUCUCCCAGAGGGGUAUCUGUUUUGCCUUCACAGAGAGAACUCAGAAAAUCAGUUUUGUCUCAGAAUUUAAUGAUUUGUUUAACAAGGGGGCAAAAAUUCAUGAUAAUAUAAUGAAUAGUAACGCCAAUGCAGUUGUUGUCCAUGGGGAAUCGUAUGCUAUGACAUUUUUCAGAUGGUUGCCAUACCUAUCAGAAGGAGAACAAAUGCCAAGUCACCCAAAGGGUAAAGUGUGGAUUAUGACUGCCCAGAUGGAGCUCACUUCAUUUCCCUAUCAAAGGACUUGGGACACAGAAAUACUCCAUGGGGUCCUCUCAUUCACAACUCAUUCUAAUGAUCCACCAAGAUUUCACCAAUUUCUUGAGAGCAAAACCCCUUCCAGCCCAAAAGGAGAUGGCUUUAUUUUGGAGUUCUGGCAGCACACAUUUGGUUGUGUAUUCAGAAAUCACGUUUCUGGCAAUGUGGAGGGAGAUAACUGCACUGGGGAAGAGAAGCUGGAGGAUCUUCCUGGUCCUUUCUUUGAAAUGAGCAUGACCAGCCACAGCUACAACAUCUACAAUGCUGUCUAUGCUGUGGCCCAUGCUUUGCAUGCCAUGUCUACAUCCCGAGUCAAACAUAGACCAAUGGUAACCAGCGGAGGACUGAAGCUUCAGCAUCAACAUCUGUGGCAGCUCCACCAUUUUCUGAGGGGGAUCUCGUUUAACAAUAGUUCUGGGGACAAGGUUUCCUUUGGCCAGAAUGGGGAGAUAGCAGCCGGAUUUGAUGUCAACAACUGGAUAGUUUUUUCAAACCAAUCCUUUAAAAGAGUGAAAGUUGGGAAGAUGGACCCCCAGUCUCCUCCGGACCAAGCAUUCACUAUCAACGAGGAUGCCAUAACAUGGCAUAACUGGUUUAACCAGACACAGCCUAACUCUGUAUGUACCAAUAGUUGCCUUCCUGGUUCUAGCAAGAAAGUGAAACAAGGAGAGCCAUUUUGCUGCUAUGACUGCACACCUUGUCCACAAGGGAAGAUUUCAGACAAGGAGGACAUGAAUGACUGUUAUGAGUGUGAAGAUGAAAAAUAUCCAAACAAACAUCGGAAUUUAUGUAUUCCCAAACAUAGAACUUUCUUGUCUUAUGAAGAACCUUUGGGAAUCAGUUUAGCCUCGUUUGCUUUUUCCUUUGCUUUCAUUACAGCAGUGGUGCUGGAAAUAUUUGUGAAGCACAGGGACACUCCCGUCGUGAAAGCCAACAACCGGGACCUCACCUACGCUCUGCUCAUCUCCCUCUUGCUUUGCUUCCUUUCUGCAUUACUGUUCAUUGGAUAUCCUGACAAGGUGACGUGUCUCCUCCGACAAACUGCUUUUGGCAUCAUCUUCUCAUUGGCUGUUUCUUGUGUGCUGGCAAAAACCACCACUGUGGUUCUGGCUUUCAUGGCCACAAAACCAGGAUCCAGGAUGAGGAAGUGGGUGGGGAAAGGACUGGCAAACUCUAUUGUCCUCUCCUGCUCCCUCAUCCAAGCACUCAUCUGCACUGUGUGGCUGGUGAUCUCUCCUCCAUUCCCUGAUGUUGACAUGAAGUCAGUGGCUGAAGAAAUUGUACUGGGGUGCAAUGAGGGGACUGUGAGCUUCUUUUACUGUGUCUUGGGCUACUUGGGCUUCUUAGCUUUGGUCAGUUUCACUGUGGCUUUCCUUGCCAGGAAAUUACCUGACAGUUUCAAUGAAGCCAAGUUCAUCACUUUCAGCAUGUUGGUCUUUUGCAGUGUUUGGUUAUCCUUUGUUCCUUCCUACAUGAGCACAAAGGGGAAAUUCAUGGUGGCUGUGGAGAUCUUCUCUAUCUUAGCUUCCAGUGCUGGGUUGUUGGGUUGCAUCUUUUCCCCAAAAUGUUACAUUAUUUUGCUGAGGCCUGAGCUGAACAAUAGGGAACACCUAAUAAGAAGAAAAUGCUAA